CGCACUUCAUCGAGAAAAGCGACAACGUUCUUGUCCCGCUCGCCUUUUUCGUGUGUGUGUCUCGACCGAGCCGUUUUACGUUUGCGUUGUGUUUUCCCCGACAGCGUUAGUUUUAACCGUGAGUGCAACCGUGAACCGAACUCGCUACCCGUGAAUAAAAAAAACCGUGUGCAAUUGUGCGUGUACAAGCCUCUGACACAGUAUGCAAAUCCCCUUAAAACAGUGACAUCCCUUCCACAUCUCACCCCCCUCCGUCUCCAGUGACCCGAACACGCCGCACUGAACGUGAGGGAGGAGACACCGCAGAUUCUUACCGUACUCUUCACCUUUUUCGGUGUCUUUUCUGUGGCAGCGGCAAGAAAAGGGUGGUCGUCGUCUACGUCCUCUGUGUCGGCGUGUGCGUCUGUGUGUUUGUGUGAGUGUGUGCGGUGGUUGAUCUCGGGUGUACGGUUGUGUGUGCCGCAGAUGAAUUGUGCGUGUGGGUGCCAUCGCCAGUGAAAGAGAAGUGCACUGAUUCUGGUUUUUGGUGUGUGGUGUUCUGUCUCCAACGUCCGCCGCUUGGGUUCCCUUCAUCGACAUUCUAACACACACAUAUAGAGGACACAUUCAGACGCGCGCACACACACACACACACACACACACACACUCUCUUUCCGUCGCAUUUGCAACCGGAAGAUAAUUUUAAACCCCAAAAAAUUGGUUCAGUGCUCCGACAGUGAUACCGCACGGCACCGCCGGUCUGUGGUAGCGGCGAAGGAGGAAUAAGUAGGCGGCGAGGGAAAGCCUCCCUCACUCGCCUCAUCAACUAAACGUUGCUUGCAAGCACUCGUGGAAACGCUCAAUGCUCUAAAUGCCCCCAAAUGUACAGUGCGUCGUCUAAUGUGUGAUGUCAGUCCUUGCUGCUGCGUGUGUCAUCGUCGCCCCGUGAUUGCCGUGCAGUUGGUGGAAAAGAAAGAUAAUAUUUAAAAAUAAGUUAUCACAGUCAAAAGCGGGCGAGCUGGUGCAAUUCGUCAGUGUUUGUUUGUGCGUGUGUGUGUAUGUUUGUAUCCGCGUACAGGCACGUGUGGUUGUGUGGAGAAGCGUGCACGUUUUUUUUAAAUUAAAAUAUUACAUGUAAAAAGGUGCAUAAAGAGGUGGUGAUUUUUUUUAAAAAAGGCAAAGAAAGUAGUGCGUUCAGUGAAAGAAUGCAUUUACUGGGCUAGGAGGUGUGCUGCUCGUGUGCGUUUAUGUGUGUGUUAGUGUCUGUACAUGAAUGUUUGUUAAGAAAUAGUGCGUGAAUCCUGUUCUGGUUGGGUGCCCGCCUCCCCGGUGCGCCUCCAUGAAGCGAAGGUGAUCCGAUAAGAGUGUGUGUGUGUGUCUGUGUAUAUUCCCCUUUGGCUUGCCGCAAAGUGAGGCUCCAAUUUGGUGAUAGCAAAACGCUGUAAGCUUUACGCCAACCGCCACCGUAUCGCGGUACCCUAAUACGGCCCAACGAUCAGCAGCAGCACCAUCGCAACAUCAUCGCCUCACAGGCCUUACGGUAGCGUUUCAACAUCGCUACAAUUGUUGUGUUUGUUUGUUGGUGAUCGAACCGGGGAAAGCAGAUAAGCAAGAGUGCGUUUCCCCCUGACGGAAUCGCCCUUCGGAAAGCGUUCAGCAGGGACGGACGGGUGCGCCAAGAUUCACUUACAACCUGGUAGGAGGACACACGAAAACCCACAAAUAUGGAAGCGGUUGCAAAGCACGACUUUAACGCCACAGCGGAUGAUGAGCUGAGCUUCAGAAAGAGCCAGGUUUUAAAGAUUUUAAAUAUGGAAGACGACAUGAACUGGUACCGGGCGGAGCUAGACGGCAAGGAGGGACUGAUACCUAGCAAUUACAUAGAAAUGAAAAAUCACGACUGGUACUACGGUCGCAUCACACGGGCGGACGCGGAAAAGCUGCUAUCGAACAAACACGAGGGCGCCUUUCUGAUACGGAUCAGUGAAUCGAGCCCCGGCGACUUCAGCCUGUCGGUCAAGUGCUCCGACGGCGUGCAACACUUCAAGGUGCUGCGCGACUCACAGGGCAAGUUCUUCCUCUGGGUGGUGAAGUUCAACUCGCUGAACGAGCUGGUCGACUACCACCGUACCGCUAGUGUGUCUCGAUCGCAGGACGUUAAACUGCGUGAUAUGGUGCCAGAAGAGAUGUUGGUGCAGGCUUUGUACGACUUCGUAGCGCAAGAAUCCGGCGAGCUGGACUUCCGACGAGGGGACGUCAUCACGGUGACGGAUCGUUCCGACGAGCACUGGUGGAACGGCGAGAUCGGCAACCGGAAAGGACUGUUUCCAGCAAUAUACGUAGCACCGUACCAUUCAUAAAACAUAAGUAUUUUUACUCGCCUCUCCUCCCAUACAUACGCAGAGACAUGCAUACCACCCCCGUCACAGAUGCACAGGCAACCCGUGUGCGCCGGAAAGCGCGAAUAGACCACACAAUAGACAUUGUGAAAAAUACACAAACACAUACAUAUUGGCCCUCUUGAUAUGAAGGGAGAGUGAGUGAAGAGCCGAGCGCAACCACUUCCAUAACUGCACUACCACCACCACCACCCCUCUAGCACACCAAAAGGCGUGCUGGGCUACGGUUACUUUUAUAGGAACAGUUUUUACCCAUUUUUGGAUGUAACACACACCCUUAAGAAAGGAAGAAAAAUACAAUAGAUUCAACUGAUUUGUUGAAAGUACUGUAGUAGGAGCAACGCGCGUGAUCACGAUCGGCCACUUGUAACGAGAGUUUAACUUCUUUCUGUUGCGAGUAAUCGAAUCGAACGCGCAGAGGGAAUCCGUUGUAAAUUCGACGAAACGAUGUGUAUGAGAGAAAAUACUCCCAGGUCGAUCCUUCAAUCAUGAAUUUUGCUAUCAUUGCUGCUUGUGCGUUCACUCAACAACAAACGCUCUCGCUGCUUUAUGUUUAAUCGAGAUUCAACGUUCGGGAACGAAUUGACAGCAAAUGGAAAACCCUUUAAAUAUUAUCUAUGUUUUUCUUUUAAUGUGUAGAAUCAAAACAGUGCAACCGAAAAGGAAGACGAUAAAACAUGUAACGCAAUAGCAAACGUGGUGCCAGAUGAGGAAACAGGGGGGAAGAAAACGUAACUCGAAUGAUUUAAAACAAAAAACGGAACGAAUGGUGUAAUAAUGCUUAGUUAUGAUGAAGACGGGCUAAUAUUGAACGUGUUACUGUUAGAAUUGAGAAUGGUGCGGACAGAGGAGGCGGGAUGUGUUACACGGGUUCUCCCUUCGAGAAAGGAAGCACAGUGUUUGAUGACAGAAACAGAAGCAAAACAACAAAAAAAACGACUCUCUGUACCACCAAAAUCCCAAAAACUCACAAUCAAACAAAAGCAGAUCAAAAGCGAAACUUUGUCGAAUGUAGGAAGCCUCCCAAGGUAAGGUGGCAACGGUUAAUUCAUUCACUUGCGUAUAUACAAUAUUAAAGGAAGUCAUAUUUUACGUAGUUUCAUACUGUAAAGUUUUGCUUCAAAUCAAAUUCAAUCUACACUCGAAAACCACCACCACCACCACCAUCGCUUCUAUGUUGGCUGUUCGUUGCUUUCCACACUUUUUGAUGCAUUUUUCGUGUUCCGUUGGGACUGGGGCGGAAUUGUUUCGUCCCUUUUUUGUGUGCUAAAUGUGUCUGCGUAUGGAAAUGCGCACUGUUUUGAUGUUAUAUGAAGGCGUUUUUGAUACCGAUACUAGUUUUUGUGACCGAUCAUCGCUCCGGCGGGUGUCCGUUUUACAUGUCCGUGUGCUCGCAGCCAAUGGGUGGACAGGAGGUUUGUUACUUGAUUUUGUUUUUGCUAUGUGAUUUGUAAGAAAUGUUGUACCACUUAGGUCUGGUUUUACUACCGACUACGCAAAGGGGUAAAGAUCACAAAUUGAAAACAAAACAGUAGUAAUCCUGUAUUGCGCUACAAAGAAAUGCAAUUCAUGAAGCGCUAUAAUCUACCUUACAACCAGCAAACACAGAACGUGUAAAGAACAACUCUUAUAAGUUUGUAAAAUCAAGUGGUAGCGUCAUUGUGCAUGUUUUUGCCAAAUUCGUAUCAGAUUUUUGAACGUUUAAAUGACCCAACAGGAGGGAAAACCAUUUGCCGCAGUACUGUAAGAGAGAGAGAGAGAGAGAGAGAGAGAGGUGGUACUCGCUACAAAGCUAAGCAAAUAGGACGAAAGCCCCUCAUGGUGUAGUAUGUUUUGUUGUCGACUGAAUGGAAGCGCAAACACAGAACAAACAACAAAGGAAGUGAACAGAAUAAAUGAAUCCUCAAUUGCGAGCAAAACAAAAAAAUCCAUUUGUAUAAAGCUAAUUAUAAACAGAGAGAGAGAGAGUAGAGAGAGAGAGAAAAGAAAACAUAAAAGUAGCGCAUUUCUUCAAGCAAGUGACAUAAUAAAGUUGAACGAAGAAAACAAAACAUAAAUCAUAAAUAAAAGGUGAAAGCAAACAACAAAAAAACAAUCGAUCGAAAAUAGCCAACAACAAUAUACCCCCGGGGAAGAGAAAGAGAACAACUAAAACAGUCACAAAAAAGAUGGAAUAAACCUGAACCUGUAGGAGAGUGCCGGUACCGGUGUGCAUGUGUGCGUGUAUGUGUGAAAUCAGCGAUCGGGAAGAGUGCGAGACCACACUCUACUAUUACUAUACCUAACUAGCGAGGCCACAACAACAAAAAGGAAGGAAACAACAACAAACGCUUGAAAGUUUAAGGACGCGAACGCAGGCGAUAGAACCGAAAACCGGGGACGCGGAUGUAGAGGGGACGAACACUAUAGUGGAGUAAAAGGUAGUAGUGAACAUGGAGGGAAAAUUAUUAAGAGCAAACAAGAAACAAACUAAUAAUAACACCAGAGAUAUAAAAACAA